GGCUUCGACUCGUUCCGCGGCCGCCAGCUGGAGGCCAUCAUGGCGGCACUCGCCGGCCAGGACUGCUUCGUGCUGAUGCCCACAGGCGGCGGCAAGAGCCUGUGCUACGCUCUGGUGCCGGCCAUCCGCCCCGGCACCGUGCUGGUGGUGUCGCCGCUGAUAGCGCUGAUGCAGGAUCAAGUGCAGGCCCUGCGCGCCCGCGGCCUGCGUGCCGACCUCCUGUCUAGCACACGAACCGAGGCCGACCGCCGCCGCCUGCUGGAAGACCUGCAGCAGCACAGGCCUGACACGCAGCUGCUGUACGUGACCCCCGAGCUGCUGGCCACCGCCGGCUUCAUGCGCUGCCUGCGCGGCGCGUACGCGGCGGGCGCCCUGCAGCUGGUGGCGGUGGACGAGGCGCACAGCAUCUCAGCCAUGGGCCACGACUUCCGACCCGCAUACAGGCAGCUGGGCGCCGUGCGGCGGGAGCUGCCGCGCCUGCCGCUCAUGGCGCUCACCGCCACCGCCUCGGACCGCGUGCAGCGCGACAUUGUGCGGCAGCUGGGCAUGCGGGAGCCGCGGCUGCUGCGCACCUCCUUUGACCGGCCCAACAUACGCUACGAAGGUGGGUGCCCGCUCGCCUCCCGCCGCCUGCUCGCCCUGCAUGCAUGCUGCAGCCGGCGGCAGCCAGGUGAGCAGCAAGGGAAGGUGCCGGUGCCGUGUACUGUCAUCUACUGCCACCGGCGGGAGGAUGUGGACCGAGUGGCGGCGGCGCUGCGAGCCCACGGCAUCGCGGCGGCCGCCUACCACGCCGGCCUGCCGGGUGCCACCCGCAGCCGGGUGCUGCAGGACUGGCAGGCCGGCAGGCUGGCGGUGGUGGCAGCCACGGUCGCGUUUGGCAUGGGCAUCGAUCGCGCGGAUGUGCGCUACGUGCUGCACCACUCGCUGCCCGGCUCGCUGGAGGCGUAUUAUCAGGAGGCGGGGCGGGCGGGGCGGGACGGCGCCCCCUCCCGCAGCAUAGUCUAUUACAGCCGCCGAGACCGGGAGAGGCACGAGUUUGUGCUGCGCAGGCAG